AGGAGGGCUGCCAAGCCACCCCACCUGCCUCCCGUGCUGGCCCUUUAAAUGUGGCAAGUGCGAGGCAGCUGGAGGCCUUAAGGAGCCAUUUGGCGCCAUUUGCCUCCCGGCUCCUGUUUGCUUUGUGUCCCCUCCUGUGCUGACUGUGAGAAGUGCCAACAUGAGCAACGAGAGGCCAGAAAACCCUGUCUCAUCUGCACCAACAGAGGGCCAGAAGAAAAAGAGGGGAAGACCAAGGAAGCAGCCACAGGAGGAUACUGUGGAACAGCCAUCAGAGACAAAACCACGAGGAAGGCCAAAAGGAAGCAAGAAAAAGACUACUCUAACUGAGGAAACUGCAGAACCUUCUGCUGAGAAAAGGCGAAGAGGGAGACCCCGCAAGUGGCCUCAAGCAGUGGUCAAAGAAGGAGAGUCUCAGGAAGGAGAUCCUCAGGGAGGCGGCGACUCGAAUUUGAACUCUGCACCAGCCACCCAAGGCAUCACUGGAAAACGUGGUUCCAGGCCCGGCAAAACUGCUGGUUUUAAGAGACCUCAGAGUACCAUCCCUGCCACAGCUCAAUAGUGCCACCUGUUCAUGUCUUACUGAAGCCAGAGAACUGGAAAGCAAACAGGAUUUUUAAUGUUGUAUUUCAGAUUUUUCCUUUGUGAUAAUUUUGGCCAAGCUCUCUCUCCUGUUGUCUGCUGGCUUGCUUACCCCAAACACCCAAACAGGGAUUUAGGGGGAGAAACAGCAAAUGCCUUGUUGGAGAGAUGCCUUUCACAGUUUGUAGUGUACCUUUUAUGAGGAUAUUAAUGUUUCUUAAAAAAUACUUGGAUAACCUGGUGCCUUACCCUGCCACAGACUGCAAUAGUUCAUCAGAAAGGUGAUGUUGACUCAGCAGUGCAGAUAUAGGAAGGGAAAUCGAUUUACACAGCUAAUUGCUCAACUUGUAUAUCAUCCCACCUCUGGCAGACUGAUGGAGGAAUGCCAAGAGUUAUGUUUUGCUCAGUUGCCCAUAGGGGUUGCAUCUGGAAGACAGCCUUUGAGUCCUUUCUUGGCUAUAUCAGAAAGAAAAACCUUCAGGCCAUUUCCAGUGCUGUUGCUCCAGUGGUCAGUAACUUGGAUGCUUCAGGGCAAAACUCACACCCCGAUGUCUUGUGGGAUUGAUUCUGAAAUUUGUACCUCAACAUGAUCAGCUCAGGGCCAUCUCUUAUAACUUGCUUUUGGCCUGGUGGUGCCCCCCUGCCGAAUUUGAUAGCAACUCCGAGUGCACAACGGUGCUUACAAGCUUAGUCACAGCCACUGGAUUUCAUCCCUUCAAAGGAGUGUCUGUAAAGAAUCAGUUACACAGAAGUUACUUCCUUGCAGAGCCUCGGGAUUCAAUUUAAAUUAGCUCUGUCUUCAGUCCAUAGCGUGCAUGUGGGGGGUCCUCUAGUGUCAGCCAUGCAAAUAAAACCUUGUGAUAGUUUGGCUUUGGGAGGCAGCAGCAGCCAGGCAGUUUGAGUGUGGUGCUGGCUGCUCUCAGUCUCACACUGUUUGCAGAUUUGUGCUUUUGGUGUCAGAGCUGAACUUGUUAAAUACUUAGGAGUUGAGGGUGUUUCCAGUAUCCAGUUGCAAACAGUGAAAUCCCGGUGGUAUUUUCCGUCUCUCUGCCUGCCUAUUAAAGGGACAAAGUGGGUAUUUCAAUUAUCUCUGACAGGAUGUAAAAUUGGCUAGCUUAACGGUGUUAAAUAUUUAAACAGAACAUAAUUGGCUUUAAAUUUAUGGUGGUGUAUAGCAGAAACCCAUGAAAUGGCAGUAUAUAUUGAGCUCAUUUAUUAUCCUUUCAUCAGAGUUCUGUUCCUUUGGCAAGUAUUUAUUUAACACAAGAAAACGUAUGCAGAAUUAAGAGGAAGGGCUGAUAAAGAGAUAAGAGGGAGGAAAAGUGCCUUUUUUUUUCCUAGGUCAUUUUGUCCAGUCCAUCCAGUUUAGCAGUGAUAAGAGUCCUGAUCCCAUUAAUUCUGCUUAGUAGUGAUCAGAGUCCUGGUCCUAACUCUGCGAGCUUGGUGGUCACAGCAGAAAACUGCAUCAGGGAUAACUUUUGUGCCUGUGCUACCAAAUAGCAAAGAAAUCAAGGACUAGCUGGAUUAGAUCACAGGGACUGACCUAAAUCCUGUGCUGUAGGAUAAGCUCUGCUGCCAGAUGUGGGGAAGAGUUUGACUCCUGCUGUGUGGAUAAAUCCAGGUGGGACGUGACACAUGUAAAUCUGUAACUGUUGAUGUUUACAUGAGAAGAUGCAACUGGUGUUUCCCUGAAAUCGAGUGAGGGAGCUGCUGCUCUUCAGUGGACGCACGAGUUCAGCUGCUGUUCCUGUCUGCAUUCAAAAGCCACUCCAGUGGCAAACCAAAAUAUUUUACCAACUUCUGUACCUGAUUUUCAGGUGAAUUGGCAGGUUCAGUACUCUGCUUGCAAGGCUGUACUGCGUGUUUAAUUAACCACUGUUACCUGAGAGCAACACCUGUCACAGUGUGAGACUGGAACUUGAGCUUCUCCUAAAUGGAUUGGGGAUUACAUCUGUGAGAGACUCAAGCUUUUCCUGUGCCAUCAGUCAGACCAUUCUCAGCUGGUGGCAUGGAAUAGGGGUGGAAACUGCCUUGGCUAGACAGUAAAUCCAUCUUCUUUAGGUCAGCAGUAUUCCUCUAGGAAUGCAUACAAAGUACUUGUCUUAAAAUGUUUGAUAAAAAUCUGGUCUUUGCUACCUCUUAAUACUUUGUUGGAAAGCCACAGUAGAAAACACUUCUCCAUAAAAAUGCAGGUGCUUGAGGAGAAGAAGCAGAAUUCCACACUGUUAGGGAGCUACUGUGUGUAGUUGAAAUCCCAGUCCAUAGCUUCAGCUGCCAUGUUUAUGCAGACUUAGAACGGAAGCAAAUGCCUAUGAAAGGUGGGCAGAAUUCCAACCAUCUUCAGAGAGCUAGGAUCUCACACUGGAUUACUUGGAUUGUCUUUUUUGAAAUGUUAAUCACUUCUUAUUUUUCAUAUUGUUAGUUACCUUUUCUGUGUAGCCAAAUCCUACCUCUGAGCAAAUGCAUUUCAAGUGGUUUUUAAACUCAGGCAGUUUUAGUCUCACUUGGCCAAAACUAAGAGGUCAUGACAGUUGGUCAAAACACAGAAGAUAAAUGAUGUUUGUUAUCUAGCAAAGUUGGGAAGUUUCUCAUAAAUGGUUUUGGUGAAGGCAUAAAGAGCGUUGGCAACUUGAAAAUUAGCCUUGAAGUUUGUUUGAAAUAAAGGUGUGAAACACAA